UCGAUAGCAACUUCUGCAAUUUCGUAGGGAAAAUGGAGGCAUCUAGAAGCAACUGUCGAGAAGCAUCCGGAAGCCGUUGCAAAUUCCAGAACUUUCGGGAGCUCCCCCCUCUCGCCCUUCUAUAUAAGCGUGCAAACACCUUGACCAGUGAACGCAAGAAAAAUAUCAACAAUUUCUGACGACUUUCCAUUUUCUUGAAAGCACAAGCCCAGAGAUUUAUUGGCUUUCCCAACUUGCCGAGGUCCUCGACUGAGAGCAUCGUCAUCGCCUAUGGAGAGCACGCAUUUCAGGAAGCCCUGGAGGAGCCCGGCUGUGUCCCCGUACUACAGCCCCGCGGCAAGGAGCGUACCGGUCAGGUCCGCGACAACCAUGUCGCCAAAGGUCGUCUCCAUUCCCGUCCACUUCGUCGCCAACGAGAGUCAGAGGUUGGCCGCGGCCGUGAUGAUUCAGAGCGCGUUCAAGGGCUACGUGGUGCGGAAGAACGUCCGGAAGAUCGCUCGAGCCUCGGCGGAAGCAGACCGGUUGGGGCAGGCGAUAUCGGAAAGGGAGAUGAGAAACCUCCUCCGCGAUGAUCCGAAAGAGAGGUUGAGGAUGAACGAGUCACUCAUGUCUCUGCUUUUACAGCUCGACUCGGUUCGCGGGGUCGAUCCCGGUGUGAGGGACCUCCGGAAGGCCGCGACCCGGAGGGUGAUCGCCUUGCAGGAGGCGGUGGACCUAAUACCUUCGCGGGAGACGGAGGCUGAGGAGGUACGGGACGCGGACGGAGAUGGAUCAAGCGGAGGUUGUACCUGUGAAGACGGCGCCGAUGAAACCCUAAACGUGCCGGAGCACGUAGAUGCAUGCGGUGCCGGAGGCACGAUGGAGGAGGCUUGCCCAGUUCCAGUUCGCGACGAUGUUGGCCUCAAUCUUGCGGAGGGAAACCUAGCUGAAGCAAAUCUCGUCGAGGCAUCUCCACGUCGGGAAGGUCUUCAACAAUGCUGCAACGAUCUCAUGGAAGAAGAAAUCCUAGAAAACGAUGGAAAAGAGAGGCCCGGGAAGAGAACUUUCACAGAGAACGAGGAAUCGUCACCGCAAGGCGUGGAGAAAACUGUAGAACCCGUGCACAAUGCGGAAAGCAUUGAAGUCCCCAAAUGUGUUCACGCAGAGGAGGACGGGGAGACGAAGGAAGCAAUGGAGAUCCAAGUCAUCGAGAGCACAGUGAAGCCCAGAGGAGACCUGGCUUCUCAGGGAGACCAGAUAACGGGUGUCGAGAGGGCGAUCGAGUUGGUGAUGGCGGAGAACAAGAGGCUAAGGAGCCUCGUCGCCGAGCUGUGCGAGAGGAAUAUAGUGCAGAGCCGGCUGAUGAGCUCGCUGGCGGAGCGUGUGGAUCAGCUGGAGAAGACCGCGAGACAACAGGAACUGAAGAAGAAAAAGAAGAAGAAGCAGAAGCUAGCGGUCAACCUCGCCAGGACACGGACGCCAUAACCGUCGCACAAACGCAUUUGGUAUUCUAAUGACGUGCAAUCUUUUCUUUUCUUUUGUGACGUGCCGACAUUUUUGUUUCUUACACCAACACUGUAAAAAAGGCUAUCAAAUUGCCCUUCCUUCUACUUUUCUAAUGGCGAAAUUCCGUUCUGUAACGUCUUGUAUAUGUUGGUUUCUCGUACUGUUUGAUUGUUUCAAAGAGUAUCUAAAAUAAAAAAGGCAUCCACUCUUUUCUGGUUA